AUGAAAAAGCAGGAGGUUAAAGCUUUGAUUGCAAUCCUAGGUAUUAAAGUACGGAAGGACAAGACUCAGCUGACAGUCAGUUUGAAGACAUUCGUGAAGAAACUUGAGAAUAUUUCAGAUGAUGAAACUCAGGAGAUCCUGGAAGAGAAGAAUUAUGUUGCUGCUCUUGGAAUAUGUGCCCAAGAUUCAAUGGGAAAUGGCUCAGGUAUAAGUGGUGGUGAAGUUUACUCAUUCCAGACUCCCAAACGCUCCAGCAAAAUGUCAGAGCUGGCCUCUGAAUUAGCCCAGACACCAGGACAGAGUGUUGCACCUGAUCACUCCGAGUGCCCUGAGAAGACAGCCAAAACCCCUCAAAGUAGCAAACGUCCAAGUUCAAACAAAGUGCAGCAGAAGAGUAAAAAGAAAGAAUUUGUGUCUACCACGCCUUACAGACUCAGAAAGAGGCUAGCAGCUCCAGAUCCCUAUUUAGAAAGUGAGAGUGAAUAUUCUGCUUCCUGCUCAGAGGAGGAGGAUGAGGAAGACCAGAAGGAAGUCAGCACUGUUUUAUCAGGUCAAAAGACCCCAGCAAAAACUACGGCUGCAUCUACGCCUCCUCCCAGAAACAGCCUAGCCAAAAAAAAUAAAGAGAGCAAGAUGAGCAACCUGGUGGAGGAAUACUUUGAAGCUCACAGUAGUUCCAAAGUGCUCACUUCGGACCGAACGCUGCAGAAGUUGCGGAAAAGAAGAUUGACUCAGCAAACACUGCAUGACCUUUUGAAAAAAGCUCCCCUUGCCUAUGCUGCUGAAAUUAAAGAGCUAAAUCAGCAACACGAAUCCCUGUUUUCCAAGUGGAUGCAGCAAUUACACUUGGGUUUCAAUAUCCUGCUUUAUGGACUGGGCUCAAAGCGUGAUUUGUUAGAGAAGUUUCGUACCUCUGUCCUCCAGGAUUCUGUUCACCUUGUGGUUAAUGGAUACUUUCCCAGCAUCACUGUGAGAUCUAUUCUCAACUCCAUCACUGAGGAAGUACUGGAGCAUAUAGGGACAUUCCGCAGCCCCCUUGACCAACUUGAAUUCAUCAUUAAAAGAUUUAAAGAAGAUUCAUCUUUAGAGCUCUAUGUCCUGAUUCACAACCUGGACAGCCAGAUGUUGAGAGGAGAAAGAAGUCAGCAGAUCCUCGCACAGUUAUCCUCUCUUCCUAGCAUUUACCUCAUCGCCUCUAUCGAUCACAUCAAUGCUCCUCUUAUGUGGGAUCAGGCAAAGCUAAGCCUCUACAACUGGCUUUGGUAUGAAACAACCACAUUUAAUCCUUAUGUGGAAGAAACGUCUUAUGAGAACUCGCUUCUAGUACAGCAAUCUGGAUCUUUGGCUUUGAGCUCCCUAACGCAUGUCCUGCGCAGUCUCACUCUCAAUGCCAGGGGGAUAUUCAGACUGCUUGCUCAGUACCAGCUGGAGAACAAGGACAACCCAUCUUAUCCAGGACUGUCUUUCCAAGACUUCUAUCAGCAGUGUCGGGAGGCUUUCCUUGUGAACAGUGACCUGACACUCAGGGCACAGCUGACAGAAUUCAGGGACCACAAACUCAUCCGGACCAAGCGGGGAGCUGAUGGUGUGGAAUACUUAUUAAUUCCUGUAGAUGACAGUACCUUGACCGACUUCUUACAGAAAGAGGAUGAAGAUGUAUAACGUCUCUCUGUUCUCAAAGCAUCUACGGCAAUUGCUCUCAAGGGCUGCUGGAGGGUGGCCUAUAGUCAGCUUGCCCUCCUUCCAACCCCAAGGCUGCUGGACUACUUACUGAAAUGUAAUAAUUGUUAUGAACGGUGCUUGUUGUUCAACUACUUCAGGUAGUUUGGAAUGUUGACUUCUGUAAGCAAGGCAUCUCUUGCUCUGUAGUUGGAUUUGUCUGCUUUGUCUCUUAGCUCAGAUGAUGCCUUCUUCAUAUCUAUGCAGCCAAACUUACAGCCAGAAAAACAAACUCGGUAAGAUUGUGCCUUCUGCUCUCUACCUCACCAGGCAUGAGGGUUUGAUUGGAGCCAUUUACUUGGGAAGUGCAAAUCACUAGAUGGUCAGAGCUUUAGUUUAUACCAGUGGUGCAACUUUUCUCAACUGAGUUCUUUCCAAUACUCCUUUACCAGUUAGACAAGACUAGCUUCCGGUGUAUGAAGAAGCCAAGAUUUAUAAUGCUAAGAGAC